AUGUCCUAUGGCGAUGCGGCGAGUUCCGCCGGUGCACCGCGGAUGCCACGCAAAGGCUUCAAGCUGGUGCUGCUGGGGGAUGCCUCGGUGGGGAAGUCGAGCAUCCUGAUGAGGUUCUUGCACAACAAGUUCUCAGAAGAAAUCGAAACCACCGUUGGUGCAGCCUUCAACACCAAGACCAUUGAGUCCAGGGGCCGUCAGGUGAAGUUCGAAAUCUGGGACACCGCUGGGCAAGAACGAUUUCGCAGCCUAGCACCCAUGUACUACAGGGGGGCAUCUGCAGCGGUGGUCGUCUACGACCAAACCAAUGCAGUGACCUUCGAGCGGGCACAAGAGUGGGUGCGGCAGGUCAUGUCCACCAGUACCAAUCCCAACAUCGUCAUCGCCCUGGCAGCCAACAAGGCCGACAUGGAAGAUAAGCGACAAGUGCCGUGGGAAAAGGCAGAAGCCUUUGCGCAGCAAGAAGGUUUGUUCUUGCUGGACACUUCAGCCAUGAGUGGCAAGAAUGUGCUCAGACUAUUCGAGGGUGUUGCUGAGCUACUUCCGGACGAGCCAUUUGUACCCCAGCAACGAGGUCUUCAAGUGACCACGAACGUGGGGUCAACCAACGGAGCCGGAGAUGGAAAACCUCCAUCAAGACGCCUUUGUUGCCAAUGA